AUGAGAUGUAAGUGUGGUAAAGAUGUUCGUUUGGAUAAGAAAUGGGAUCCUGAUUUGUUUGAAAGACAUAAUAAAGGCGGUGGCUGUAAAUAUAAUAAUGGUUUAUUAGGAAUUACCAAUUUUUUUAAAGAAAAUGAUAGUAAAACAAACAAAAGAAAAAUUUAUGAAGGGUUAACUGAUGAAGAAACAAGGAAUUAUCUUAAAUGUAUUGGUUUAAUAACAUCUUUUGGUGGUGCACCUCAUGUAGAAUUAGUUGCAAAAGAAACGUUUCCCAGAAAAUUUAACAAAAAAUUCACUUGGAAUUGUUUAAAUAAAUCAGAAAAAGAUAUUUUAAAUAAUGCUUUGCAUGAAAAAGCAUUGUGGAUAAAUGAUAGUAAUACAUUUUGUGUUAGAAGCAAUGAUUGUUCUAAAUAUAUUGAUAAUUGUUUAAAAAAAAUUACCUGCAAACCUUGUCUUGAUUUGAAAAAAAAUCAUGAAUUUCAAAAUGCACUUGCAAAAAAAAUUCCCAAUGAUCAAAAUAGAAAAUUUAUUCCAAAAAUUCUUUAUCAAAAUAAUUCUCUUUUUAAGUACUGCAAUAACACCAAUAUAUUAACUUUGUGGAGUUAUCUUAAUAAGCCUGAAGAUAAUACAAAGAAUUUUUGGAACAUUUGGCUACUUUGGGAAACAAUGAUUUCUACAAGAAUCUCAGAAGGAAAGUCACUACAAAAUAUAAAAUAUCCUUCCCAAUUUACAAUUUUUUUAGCAAUAUUAUCAAGUACUAGUCCACAAGCAUAUCAUUUGUUUCAAGAAAAUCUUGCAGAAAGACUUCUUAGAACAAAUUCAGAUUUAUCAUUAAAUGAUCCCAGAAUAUGUCAUGAAAAUAUGCGCAAUUUUAAACAAUUUCUUGAUGAUGAUGAUAUUAGAAGUAUUUCAGAUAAUAUGGUUUUGGUUAAUAAUCAUUUUGUUGGAAAUAAUUUAUCAGAAGAUAUAUUAUUGAAGGAUAUAGAAAUAACUAAUAAUGAUGGACAUGUUAAUUUUUCAGCUUUAAUAGAAUAUUGUACUCAAAACAAAGCAUACACUUCUAAAAAUAUUUUAGUGUCACAAGUAGUUAACAAUCUCAAUAGUAAUGACAAUCAACCAAAAUCAUGUUUAAUAAGAUGGGGAAUUAGAAAGAGAUUAGACAAUAUAAAUCAAAUAACUCAAGAUAUUGGAUUGAAGCAACUAAAUUUAAAUAGUUCUGAAUCACCUUCUAUACCAGCUAUCACCAUUGCAAAUAUCUCAUCAAUAUAUCCAGCAAUUAAAGGAGGAUUUGCCUUUGCACUAAUUAAUUCUAAAAUCCAUCUUGUCCAAUUUCUAGCAUUAUAUUAUCACUCAACUACAGGAAAUUAUCAUUCUUAUGCAAAAGAACCAAUAACUGAUGUUGAUAUUAUUUCAAAUGUUUCCUGUAAAUCAAGUUUCAAUUAG